GGUUCACUUAAAUGCAGCUGCGGUACUUCUGUGUGAUACCUGUCAGAGCCAUUCCCAGUGCGAGGUUGGGUUUGUGACCAUGAUGUCAAGAUUUGUCUGUCUUCUUUUCUGUGGAUAUAUUGCACUAAACCUGGGAAAUACUCAGAAAUUGCCAAGAGUGAAAAGGCAGAGUCUGAAGGUUCAGAUCAAUGCAACAGAUGACACUGUUUGCAUGAGGUAUCUUCGACCAAGUCAAAGCACCAAACUAGAAGGUUUUGUCCUGGGUUAUGGAAGCAACUUCUUUUCUAAUCAGUACAUUCCUUUACCUUCAGAAGGAAAAAACUACAUAACAGAACUUGAUGCAGAGCCACGGUAUUUGGUUUCAGUAAGACCAGCACGUGUUUCAAAUAACAAGAAAUCUUGUUCAGGUCGUAACAAGACACAAAAGCCUCUGCAGCUGGUGGUUGGCACCCUCACCCCAACCUCUGUAUUUCUCUCUUGGGGCAUCCUAGUCAACCCUCAGCAUGACUGGACAGCAACAAGUAACUGUGCUAGCGACAGAUUCUACACAGUUCGCUACAGAGAAAAAGGUAAAGACAAGAAAUGGGUUUUUCAGCUCUGCCCAGCUACAGAGACAGUGAUUGACAACCUGAAGCCAAACACACCUUAUGAAUUUGGAGUUAAAGACAAUGCAGAAGACAGUAUUUGGAGCAAGACUUUGAAUCAUAAGACAGUUCUCUCAAGUAAAAAAGUAAAUGGACAAAUCCAGAAUAUGUACAAGUUGGUACCCAAUUCCCAAACACAGAUUAUAUUUAGUGAUAAUAAGAAGUUGGUCCCUGUCACAAUAAUCAAACAAAUUAUUCAAAAUCGGACACAGUCAAAAGCACCAGAUAGUUCUUCUCUCCCAGGAGCAAUAUUAGUGCACCUUAUUGUUCCAGGUCUCAAUGAAAGUCAGCAGAAACUUCCUCCUCUCCUGACAAUAGAUGACAUACCUCAAGCAUCCAGGAAAAAACUGGCUAAGAAUGAAACUGGAGUAUGGCCUGCUGAAUCCAAAACACCAGAAGUUCAAGAAAUCUCCCCACAGUCCCUUCCAGCUCAGGCUGAGAAAACACACGGACCUGAAGAUUUUAAAUCAACGCCCAAACCCAAAUUGGUGCAAACUCAAAACAUACCGGCUUCUAACGAAAUACAGCUACUUCCUUCUGGAUCCAGAUUCCCUGAUGCUCCAAAAAGUCCAUUGACAGAACUUGCUACUCAGAGGCCAGCCUUGAAACCCAUAUCUCUACCUUCUGCAGAAACGAGAGAGAUGGAAAAGGCUUUUGAGGAAAAGCAAACUGUUUCUUCAGGAUCCAAACCGUCUGGUACCAUGGAAGUGCAACCAACCCGAUCCGCUUCACAUGACUUUCUUCAUGUUAUUUCUACUCCCCAAACUUUUACGUCCUCAGAAAUGCCUGGCACUGAUUUAGGUGAAAGGAAGCCUCUUUCUUCAAGAUUCACAACAUCUGGCAUGCCAGAAGUGCCACCAAUCUCAGCUGCGACCAAGAGACCAGACCUGGAAUCGACCUCGCCUGCUUCACGGGAAACCACAAGGAAGGCUCCUCGAAGACCAAGGCCGAAGUCCAGCACUCCUUCCUCCCCGGCAACUCAACAAACUGUGAUGGCCUCACAUGACUUUCUUCAUGUUACCUCGACUCCCCAAACUACUACAUCUGCAAAAAUGUCAGAGCAAGAGACUGCUACCCAGGGAUCAGGCCUGAAAAGCACUUCUCAUCCCUCCAUGGAAACCAGAGGGAGCGUGAUGGCUUUUGAUGAAAGUCAGCACAUUUCUUCAAGAUCUGAAACAUCUGGCAUCCGAGAAAUGCCAUCAGCUGCACCUGCUCUCCCGAGGCCAGUUCUGGAGCCCACACCUUUUCCUUUCCUGAAAACCACGAGGACUGUGAUGGUUACUCAGAGGCCAAAGCUGAAAUCUACUUCUCCUGACCUUACAAGCCAAGGAACAUUAGAGGCGACCAAGAGACCAGACCUGGAAUCGACCUCGCCUGCUUCACGGGAAACCACAAGGAAGGCUCCUCGAAGACCAAGGCCGAAGUCCAGCACUCCUUCCUCCCCGGCAACUCAACAAACUGUGAUGGCUUCACUGGACUCUAAUCAUAUUAGUUUCCUGUCCCAAACUUCUGCAUCUGCAGAAAUAUCAAAACCAGAGACUGUUACAAGUUUUGCUGACCUGGAAAAAUCUCUGCCUCCACUUUCCAGAACACCUCAUGUGCUAACAACAACCGCGGGUAAUAUUUUCGGUGGUAUUCAACCUGUUCUUUCAACUCCUGUGGCACCUAGUAAGCCUGAAAUAGCAGAAGCUGGACCAGCAAGAAGUGAAUCCAUUCUGGAAUCUUUCACACCUAAAACUUCCCGUCCUUUUCAAUGGCCAAGGGUAACAUUAGCUCCAAAAGAAAUACCACUUAUUCCUUCUAAACCGAAACCAUCUGCUACCCCAGAAGUACAACAUGUGAAACCUGCUCCUAAACCACCACUUUUGGAGCCUAAAACUUCUCAGACUGUUGAACAACCGAAAGCAACCCUAGCUCCUAAGGAAGCAAAACUCACUACUUCUGCAUCUAAACCUAGACCAUCUGCCAGACCCCCAAAGCCACGAACUAAACCUGUCUUGGAACCUAUUAUACUUCGAAUUGAACCACCAAGGUCACCCAUAGCUCCAAAGGAGACUCAACGUGUUCCUUCUAAACCCAAAGCUUCACCCAAACCUCACAUCCCACAAGCCAAAGAUGUCCUGGAAUCUAUAACACUUAGAACUGAUCAACUAAAACCAACAAUAGUUCCUAGGGAGCCACAGCGUGUUCCUUCCAAACCUAGAACAUCACCAAGCCCAGAGGUGCCACGAAUGAAACCUGUUCUGGAAACAAUUAGGUUUAGAACUGAGAAAUCAAAGGCAACAAUAGCCUCUAAAGAUAUAUAUCACAGGCCUUCCAAACCUAAAACAUCACCCAGUCCACGUGUUCCUCCAACUAGAGCAAGUCCAAAAGAAAGUCGACGAGUCCCUUCCAGGCCCAGGGCAUCGCCAAGUCCGGAUGUACCACACACAAAACCUGCUCGUAAAGAACCACAGCAUAUUCCUUUUAAACCUAGAGCAACUCCCAUCCCGGAUGCUCCAUACAGGAAGCCUGAGAUUCUUCCAACCUUUGAUGAACGAGAUGCUACUAUGAUUCCUCAUAUUCCUGACAGAAAAAAGGCACCAUUUGCUCCAACUGAAAAACCAUUCAUUCACACCAAACGAAAAACAACUGAAAGACCAAGAGUGCCAUACACUAAACCUGCAAUAUAUCCGACAACUCCACAACCAAUUAUUACAAAAUCUUCUACUACCACUGGUCAUUCAAGGGCAACAAUGGCUCCAAAAGAAACACUGCUCAUUCCUUCCAAAUCCAAAACAUCUGUUGGGCCAGAAGUACCACAAACUAAACCUGCUCCAAGGGCAACACACCUGGGAUCAAUUAACCUUGUAACAGUUCAUGUUGUUGAUGGGUCCAAAAUAACUUUGGUUCCCAAUGAAACAUACCACAUUUCACCCAGGCCCAAAAUUGGUCAAGCAACUGAAAUUCCUUGGUUCCAUACAGCACCUCAUAAAACUCGUCUCACUUCUGCAAGACCAAAGCCAUCGGAUAAAUCACAGACCAGACCUGCUUUUACUAAAACCACACUAGCACCAGCCAGAACAAAAGCACCUGGACUGCCAAAGUGGAUUGUGCCAACAACAGAUUACCUUUAUACACCUGAGGCUACUGCCAGACCAAUUGACAUGGAUGUCAAAAGACCUCCAGAACAUUUUGAUACCUGGCAAAAACCAAUUUCUGUGACUUCAUCACCUGGCCCUCAGCACCCUCCUAUACCUCCUGCCAGGCCUACACAAAUGAGAAGAAAACCUCUGCCUCCUAACACCGUGACUGGUAAACCAGGGAGUCCAGCUAAGCCUGCUGGACCAACACCACCUGUGAGGACAGGAACAUUAUAUAAGACACCAACAGCUUUUGCAACUCCGGAGUAUUAUGUUGAUGAAACUGUCUUCAGCUCAAGUCCUACAUCAGAAACAGAUUCUUCAGGAAAACCAAGGUACCAAGCCCCCCAUGUCAAGUACAUGAAGAAAGAUGAUGAUGUGCCUUGCUCCAUCACAAGCUCUCUCGAGCAUUUUCCUCAAGAAGAAGUUGGCAGCAAGGAAGAACCCACUCGUCCUCCUCAAAAUCCUCCAACCAACCUCACCGUGGUGACUGUGGAGGGCUGUCCAUCCUUUGUCAUACUGGAUUGGGAAAAACCGGACAAUGACACUGUUACUGAGUAUGAGGUUGUAUCAACUGAAAAUGGAGGAAGUGAUGGUGAAAAGGAGAAAUCAAUUAUCACGACAAAUCAAACCCAUUCUACAGUGGAAAACCUAAAACCUGACACAAGUUAUGAAUUCCAUGUGAAGCCUAGGAAUCCCCUUGGUGAAGGUCCAAGUAGCAAUGUUGUGUCAUUCAGUACUGAAUCAGCGGACCCAAGAGUGAGUGAGCCAAUUUCAAUGGGGAAAGAUGCUAUCUGGACUGAAAUACCAUUCAAUUCAGACACAUAUUCAGAAUGCAAAGGCAAACAAUAUGUAAAGAGGACUUGGUAUAAGAAGUUUGUAGGUGUGCAGCUGUGCAAUUCUUUGAGAUACAAGAUAUACCUCAGUGAUUCACUUACAGGAAAAUUUUAUAACAUAGGAGACCAGAGGGGCCAUGGAGAAGAUCACUGCCAAUUUGUAGACUCAUUCUUAGAUGGAAGGACAGGACAGCAAGAAGAUCUACCAGUCAAAGACGGGUUUUUCAGGGCAGUUCGUCAGGAACCUGUCAAAUUUGGGAAGAUAGGCGGGGAGACUCAGAUUAACUACGUCCGCUGGUACGAGUGCGGCACAUCGAUACCUGGCAAGUGGUAGAUGCCACGUGAGGUCGGUGCAGAGGCCCAGCCCAACUGCCCAGCGCAGGCUGCAGGAAGGCAACGCUUACAGUGCGCCCGGCACUUCGGUGUUGGCUGACGAGCGAGGCUUAUGCCAGUCUAAUGCCAAUACUGCAUUAAUUGUGUAAUAGUGUAGGCUGCUUACUGUAGUUAUCCAGUGUUACAAACUUGUUUUUAGAAUAAAAAGAAACACAGGCUAGGGACAUGUUGUAGGAUAAUGUAUAGGGAAGCUGGCUCCCUAUUCUUGAGGUAUGGUUUAUAUGGUAUUUUAAAAGAUACAGUGUGUAUAUUAUUUAUCACGAUGUUGUAAUAAAUGUUUAAGGCACAGAUAUGCCAGAGUUGGUCAUGGAAUGCAAUGUGCGUUAGUUUUUAAAUAUUCACUGGUCCUGUAAUGUAAGUGCCAUAAGCUACCCAUCCUAAUCCACCUGUAACAUCUCCCAGUCGUAAAUUAUAGAAAAGAUCCUAUAAUUUUUAAUAUUCUGCAGCCAGUAAACUUGAAGCACUUUCUCCUUACACAUAGUUUAUGCUCCUGCCAAAAUGCAGGUUGCUGUAUGUGCAGCUUUAAAUGAUCAAGUUCAGUGGGGUUUUCUUCUGUGUUUGUUUUCAAAUGUGUCAGCCCCAGCCACAGCCAUGUUCAGCCUGCCACUGUGGAGUCAGAGCCGCUGCCUGUGAGCCUGGCAGGGAGGGCUGGUGCUCUCUAAUUGAAGUGGACAGGUACAUAUGUACAUGGAAUGAAGAAACAAAGCUGGCCUGGCUGGAAUGAAAAACCCGGCUGGGGUUUUUCAGGAAAAUGCAGUUUUCAGAGCCUGACACUUACUGGUUCAAAAGCCAAAUGUACAUACCGUGCAAGGGAACUUGGAAAGACAAAUGAAAGAGGAAAAAGAAUAAACUAGUUAUAACAGCAUGAUCACGUUUAUUUAAAAAGAAAAAUUCUGGUUUAAAACAUUUUUCAUUGGGGACAAAGGGGAAAUACUGAUAACUGAACUUUGCUUUACAUUUAUUUUGAUUAAAACCUCUCCCAAAGCUACUUGUUGUACCGCUUGAACAUUUACGAACUAAAUAAAGAGAUGUAGGUUUUUUUAAAGGUGUUAUUCAUUAUCUUACUAAUGUAUUGAAGAAAUAUGAACAGGAACACCCAGAUCUAUAUAGUAGUCAUUUAUAGAAAAUACCUUAUAAAGUACAUUGCAGGUACACUGUACUCCUAAUAAAAUAUUUUUUAAUCAAGUGCUUUUUUUUCAAGUGUUUUACAUGGAAUCAAGGGCUAGUGUCUGUGGUAAAUGCUGUUAUUCAGAACAAACUGCUUGCUGGAUACAAGCCCUUGUUAAAUGGGAUGUGUUAGGUAUGAGCAGAAAUGGGAGGAGGUACAGCCACAGCUUACUGGCUAGCUGUGGGCACUGCACUGUCUAAGGAUGCUGAAGGUAGGAAUAUUUUCAGUCAACUUCCUAAUUUUUCUUUAGGAGAAUUCAAGCAGCAUGCUUCAGUUCAUUUUUUUAUUCCCCACUUAGUUUUACAUAUUCCUAGAAUCUGCAAAAUGGAAAAUAUUAACUGGGAGAAUGUUUUGCCCUCUGCUGUAAUAUGGUCUAUUGACUUCAUUACAGCCCUUGAUCUGCUUUUUCUUGGCUCAAAAUUGAGUCGCUAGGAUUGCACUCCCAAGUUUUCUGGGUGGCAAAGAACCACCCAGAAGAACUGUGAAGUCACAGUCAAAAGCUGGGGGGUUUUUAUGAGUUCUUUUUUAAAGAUACACAUUUGGUUUAAAUUUUCAAGUAAUAAAUGAAUUCUCUCCCACACCUUGUUAAUGCAAAAUUGAUAAGAGGCUUUAAGAUUUUAUGGAUUGGUUCCUAACGAUUUGGUAAAAGGGUCACUAGACAAUUAAUGACAGCUGACAGCACAAAACCACCCCCAGCUGUGAAACCUCUGUGAAAGCCAUCUGCAGUGCAGCACUUCUCCAUUUACACACCCAGAACUCUGCCUCUCCUCCUGCAAACCCCAGCACACUGCUCUUUACCAUGAAA